AUGCAGCAGCAGCAUCAAGUGGUUGGACAGCAGCGUCAGCCUCCAGCACAGGCCUGUCAGUUUCAGGUGUCAACUCCCAUCGACACACAGCAGCAGCAAUCCACAAAUCUAGUUCCUCCUAUGUCAGCAAAUAUACAAUAUCUACAGAUAUUGGCGACGCAGCAGCAGCAUCAAUCAGAUGGCCAGCAGCGGCAGAAAACUAUUCCAGUUCCUCAAAAUGCAGCUAAUAUACAACAUCUUCAGCUAUUGGCGGAGCUGAAUCAGCAUCAACUGGCUGGCCAGCAGCAUCAGCCCGCAGCACAAGUCUCUCAGCUACGGGCUUCAUCUUUUGCUGACACUCAGCAGCAGCAAUCUGACAUUCCAGCUCCACCAAUGACAGCAAAUAUUCAAUACUCACCGCAAAUGGAUACGCAGCAGCAUCAAAUGGUCGUCCAGCAGCACCACCCAGCAGCACAGGCCUCCCAGCUACGGACUUCAUCUUCCGUUGACACACAGCAGCAGCAAUCUCCAACUACUCAUCUAGAUCGGCAUGCAAUGCGGGAGGCGACGGCCCAUUUUGAUGGCGCCCCAUCUCUCAUCAGAUUCGAUUGCCACCUAAGAUACCAAAAAAUUAUUGAGAGAAACGAACUCGAACGAGCUCCUGAAUGA